AUGGAGCUACCAGUACCAUGGAGUUCUCUCAUCGCCGUGGCGCUGUUCCUUGUAGCCGUGCUCCUUCGCCGGCGGCGGUCCAGCUCCAGCAAGUACAUGCUGCCGCCGGGCCCUCGGCCAUGGCCGGUGAUCGGCAACCUGAACCUGAUCGGGCCACUCCCGCACCGCUCAAUGCACGAGCUCUCCACGCGGUACGGGCCACUCAUGUCGCUGCGGUUCGGCUCCUACCCCGUCGUCGUCGGCUCAUCCGUCGACAUGGCGAAAUUCUUCCUCAAGACCCACGACCUGGCGUUCCUCGACCGCCCCGCCGUGGCCUCGGCUAGGCACAUCCUCUACAACGGCUCCGACGUGCUGUGGGCGCCGUACGGUCCGUACUGGCGCCAGGGGCGCAAGCUGUACCAGAACGAGCUCCUCAGCGCGAGCCGGAUCAAAUCGACAGAGCAUAUCCGCAUCGAGGAGGACCACCUCUCCAUGGCGAGCUUCAACGUGGUCUCGCGCAUGGCGCUAGGCAGGAAGUACAUCUUCGACGGCGCCGGCUCGCUGAUGCCGCCGGAGGCGUUCCGGUGGAUGAUCCAGGAGUUCUUCUUCCUCAACGGCGUGGUGAACGUCGGGGACGUGAUCCCGUGGCUCAGCUUUCUGGACCUGCAGGGGUACAUCAAGAGGAUGAAGAGACUGAGCAAAAUGAUCGACCCGUUGCUCGAGCACGUCCUGGUCGAGCACAGUGAGCGGCGACGGCGACAGGGCGAGGGCUUUGUGCCGAGGGACAUGGUGGACCGGCUGCUACAGCUCGCUGACGAUGCCAACCUGGAGGCUCCCAUCGAGCGGGAUGGCAUCAAGGCAUUCAUUCUGGACAUCAUCGCCGCUGGCGCGGAUACCUCAGCGGUCGCCACCGAGUGGGCUCUCUCGGAACUUCUAAGGAAUCCCGAGGCCAUGGCCAAGGCCACGGGCGAGCUGGACCGUGUCGUCGGCGGUGGCAGGCUGGUCACGGAGGAGGACAUCCCGCGCCUCCCGUACCUGGAUGCUGUGGUGAAGGAGACCUUGCGCGUGCACCCGGUCGCGCCGCUGCUCGCUCCCCGGCUGUCCCGCGAGGACACCUCCGUGGGUGGCUACGAUAUCCCGGCCGGCACCCGCGUGUUCGUUAACGUCUGGGCCAUUGCCCGCGACCCUGCUCUGUGGGGGGACGCCUCGGAGGAGUUCCGGCCGGAGCGCUUCGUCGGGAGCGGAGUGGACGUGAAGGGCCACGACUUGGAGUUCCUGCCGUUUGGGUCCGGCCGCCGGAUGUGCCCGGGCCUCGGCCUCGGGAUGAAGAUGGUGCAGCUGAUGCUAGCAAACCUUCUUCAAGCCUUUGCAUGGAGGCUCCCCGACGGCGUGGGUGUGGACGACCUGAGCAUGGAGGAGAAAUUCGGGCUGUCCAUGCCGCGAAUGGUCCCGCUUGAGGCCGUACCGGAGCCCAAGCUCCCUGCUCACUUGUACGAUGGGCCAUGUCCAUGA